UGGGUGCGGGCCUAAGCGUGAGAAUGUGUCAGUGUUGAACUAUUUAAUAAUUUUCUUUGUUUAUUUUACUUUAUGUUAUAUUCUUUGCUAUUUCUUCAAUGAUUUAUCACUUAAUUUAACGGACUUAUGUUCUCUGUUUUGUUCUUAAUCCUUUGAAUAUGGGUACGAGCACAAUGGGUAGCGAUUUACAUUCCGAUAAGCAGGACAAACUGUUAAAACUACAGGCUCGAAAAAAAGAACUGGAGUUAAUGUUAGCAUCCAAAAAUGAGGAGCUUUACAAGUUGUGUGUGCAAGAAGUACAGUUGACGGGUGUAAUGCCCCUAGAAGCGCCUCUGAGUCCAGAAGUUCCACAAAGGGAAAGAUUAGGUAGUGUACGAAGUGUCGAUAGGUCCACAGAUGGGACGGAUGUACAAGACGGCUCUGAUAAUUCUUCGAGACGUCUUAGAGCUGUGUCUGAUCGCAUACAUGAUUCCGAUCCGAAUCUGCGAAAGAACCUUACCCACAGACUAUCAACACCUUCGAUAUCAGGUAUUUCGACAAAAAGUGCUCAUUCUAGGCAUGUCCGCAGACCUGAGACCAGUUGCUCAAACUUCUUUCCAUCGCCACCCCAAGAACGAAAUCCAGAAACAUUUUCAAUACACACCUCUCAUACUUAUCCUGCUUUAGCUGGCCGUCAUGAGUCUGUUCCACAUGAUAAUCUGCACAGUGAACUUCAACAAGGUCCUGUAUAUCGCCAUCAUACUUUAACAACUGAAUACACAAAUAAGAUCUAUUAUAAUAAUGCAGCAGAAGCAAAUAAUGUGUCACGCUUGAGAGAGACUCAUUUCAGCUCCAGUCACCCUGAUAUAACAACUAAUUACACCCAUGGCUCUGUUGCACCACAGCCCGUGCCCGCACACAAUGGAAUGCGCAACACUCCACUCCUAUAUCAAUAUGCAUCACAUUUAAAAUCACAGAAUCAACAUCAUGGAGUUUUAAACCACCACCAUAUUAUGCAAAUGCAAUCCAAAAGGAGAACAGAUGGUGUUCGAAGAAAUACUUUACAGCGUACACAGACAUACCAUCUCACAUCGCACAGUGACUAUAAUCAUCACUUAGAAAACAUGACUGAUGCAUACAGACAACCUGCACCAGCUUAUCAACAUAGAUCACAACCUGACAUACAAGAUCAGCCAAUAGAAAGAAGACAGAAUCCAAUAGAAAGAACAAUUCCUGUUCCAAACACUUUGCCUCUACGUGAACGUAAUAUGGUUAGAAAUCCACUUCAUUUGCAGCUGCAAGUAUCCACCGAUGAUUAUAUAAUUGAUGAUAGACGGCAUUAUCCUGAUGCUUUAAGUCCUGUCAGCCAAAUGUCGGGAUAUUCACAGAGUAAUUUCGACUCUGUAAGCAUGAAUAAAUUUUCACCUACUUUAUCCCAAGACAUGAAAGUAAAAGAAAAACAUUGGUAUGAAACAUCACUAGACUCACCAACAAAAAGUGAGGUGCCUGUAUUAAAGAAAAGUGCCAGCUUGAAACGGACACCCAGUAUAGGUAACUCACAAACAUACGAAAUAAUGAUUUCAUCUGGUCGUCAUUCGGCUAUGCAGAGCCCCAACCAUAUACCGCAUAGUCCCCCUGUAUUAUCGCCAAGUGCAGUGUCGCUCGAGUCUCCUAAAAACAUGACAGUUAUUGAACAAGGUAAAUGUAUACCAUACAGAGAAGAAACUAAACCAUUUGAAAUGUCAGACUUUUAUAAAUACUCAACAAAAUUCAGGCAGAGUAAUGUUCAAAAAGCACCUAUGCCAAAUCCUGCCCAUAAUGCCAGUACGAUGUACAAUAAACUGCCAAUGGAGCUACCACAGUUUAGCCAGGAACAUUGGCAUGGACAUGGCAACUGAUGAUCUUCAUUUGUAAGUAAAAAUAUUUGUUUUAAUAUUAGGUAGCUUACCUUUAUGGUAAAUCAAUGGCAGCUUAAAAUUUAUUGAAUUAUUUUAAUUUAUACUUGAAGUUAAGUUAGUUUUAGUUGUAGUUACUUAAAUAUAAAAUUAUAAACAAGAUCUCUAGUUUAAUUUAGUUUUGUAAAUAUUUUGAUUAACUACUACAUAUUUUGGUAUUUUACAUAUAUAAUUAUAAAGUUAAGUUUUAUAAAUAAAUUCACUGUUUAAAAAUACAUGCCAUAAAAAUUAGGGAGUCAAUUGUAUAAAAUCGUCAGAAGAUGUGCGACUGUGAUAGUUUUGUGCAAACAAUAAAAAUUCAAGUAGAUGUAUGUCCAAUAACAUAAAAACUGUUAUUGGAUAUACAUCUACUUGAUAUGUUGGACAUAAUAUGUACUGUGCAUACCUUGUAAGUUAGUUAAAAAAUUCAAACAGGGUGCCAACAUUUUAUAAUCAAAAA